CCAAGAUCAUGCUCAAAUUUGUCAUAGUUUCAUCAAUUCUUGUGGCCCUAGGUCUGUCAAUCGAAUUGACAUUCGAACUUCCAGACAACGCAAAUCAGUGUUUUUAUGAAGAUCUGAAAAAGGAUGUUGACACAGUGUUUGAAUUCCAAGUUGUUACUGGAGGCCAUUAUGACGUAGACUUGAUCAUUGAGGAUCCAAAUGGAAAAGUUUUGUAUAAAGAUACUAAAAAGCAGUACGACAGUAUCAACUUCAAGGCCGAAGUUGAAGGAACAUACAAAGCAUGCUUUUCAAAUGAAUUCUCCACAUUCUCUCAUAAAAUCGUUUACAUGGAUUGGCAAUUCGGUGAUCAAAAUGCUCUUCAUGCUGCCGUUACUCAAGGAGCUCAUGCAAUGACUCAAUUAGAAAAUUAUGCAGUCGCUAUUGGAGAUAAAUUGAGAACAAUUGAUGACUAUCAAACUCAUCAUCGUCUCCGUGAAGCAACUGGUCGCAAACGUGCAGAAGAACUCAACGAGCGCGUGAUGAUCUGGUCCCUUGGUCAAUCUGCCGUCGUAGUAUUCAUUGGAAUUGGCCAAGUUUUCCUGCUCAAAUCAUUUUUCAAUGAUAAAAGAACUCGUUAUUAAUUUUUUCACACCAUUGCUCUUUUUUUUGUAAUUAGCAGCCUUCUCAUUUUAAUGGGUCCCGUCAGUUGUUUUGCCCCUUUUCCUCCCUUUGAUACAUAGCAUAAGAAUAUAAUUUAUUGAUUUAU